AUGGCGGCCCCCAUGGUGUUGGGAAGGAUGCACGCACCCCAGGCCUCUCAGUCCUGGACAAAUGAAGACGACGUUUUCUAUGCAUAUGCAAGCGUGUCACCAGGAGCAGAGCACAGAGGGACAACACAGCUUUUGCGCUUCCAGCUGGCUCCCAUCAAGAAGUUAGAAGGGAGCCUGCAAAUACAUUUCCUUUUAUCAUCUCUGCACCCCAGAAGCAGUUUCCCUGGCGGCGCCGGGAGAGGGGAGGCGGGCAGCGGGCUCCUCAGGGGGACCUGGGCAGGAAUAUUAAUGUUCCGACUUUGCAGCGUAGGGUGGAGGAGCGGCCCUAGCCCAGCCGGCCCGGGAGGGCCUGGAAGGUGGCUGCCAGCAGCCGUGGGCGACACGGAUCCGCAGGUUGGUGGCAGGGGCCGCCCAAGUCCUAAUGAAAACAUCUCGCUCCUGACAAGCAGCCCCCAACACACCGCCCGGGAGAGGAGCCCCUGUCGCGUGCACCCUUGGAUCCGCACGGAGGGCGUGCCCAAGGGCGUACGGCUGGGUCCCAGACCUGCCCUUAACCCGCAGCCAGUUUCAGGGAUUUGGCCCGAGGCGCUGGUGGCAGAGACGCGACGCCUCAUGCCCUGCACAGAGCAGGAACUGCGUCCCCCAUCUCUCUUCGCCCCCAGCAUCCCCUUGUCCCAGCCAGAGCUGGAGCAGCAGCAGCGGCCUCUGGUGCACCUCGCUGUCCGCCUCGCCACGGCGGCCCGUGGUGCCACCGCCGCACACUUGGCCCUG